AGGAUUUCAUAGCAUUCCUUGUUCUGCAUUCGAAUCGACGACAACGAGAACACAAUGUACCAAAAACGACAGACAUUCCAAGCAAUGGUAUUCUUCAUCUUUGCUAUCUUUUGCAUCUUUUGGAUACCAGCAACAUGGGCUAGGAGCAUGGAGACUUCUAAAAACGAAAUACAUGACGGAGGCUUUGUGAAAAACGCCAAUCAGCAACUGAAUAUGCCCGGCCCUUCCGGUUAUUAUGCUGCCAAACGCAAUUUGCGGACAUUGUUGAUGGGCCCCAAAGACUAUCAGGCGAAAACACAUGGAAAGGUUGCUCCAAAUAUGGAUCUGGUCGAUUUGCUGUUGGAAUACGAGGAUGAUGAUCGCAACAAAAGAUUCGAUGACUACGGUCAUAUGAGGUUCGGCAAGCGCGGUGGCGAGGAACAAUUUGACGACUAUGGUCACAUGCGGUUCGGACGAAGCGUCUAAGCGGAUUUUCUACCACGACAUACCAAACCAAAUCUGAACGUGUUUAUAUAAUGGGGUCUUUAGAAUACAACUGAAGAAUCAAUUUGUGAUUCAAAAUUAAAAAUUAAUUUAAAAUGCUUUUAGUUUUGAGAAAAUUGUAAAUAAAUUCAAAUAUUUCAGUGUACAACAUGCAAA